AUGGAGCAGAACGCCGAUAAACGCUCUAUUGUAGGCGACGACGACUCAGCCGUGAAGAGGCAAGACACUUCCUGGUCCAAAGGUAUUGCUCAUAUCAAACCCGAAUAUAUUCUGCCAUUGAAGCGGAAUGAAUCUCAGAAAAUCGCCAUUUAUGAUGAGGAAAUGUCUUCCGACAGAAUGGUAAACGAUUUGUCAGGUAGCGGUGGGACCAAUAAAAAGAACAAGAACGGAAGAGGUAGGAAGCGUGGGCAAAACAAGAAUAGAGAUAACAGACAGGUUAAAGAACAGAAUGUCUUGUGCCCACGUUUAAUCCAUGGAAACAUAUCCAAAUGUUCAUUUGGUGAUACCUGUAGGUUCGUUCACGAUAUCGAUUUGUAUCUUUCGACAAAAAAACCCGAAAUUGAAAGCGACAUUUUUCCCACUUGUCCAGUUUUUAACUCAUUGGGAUUUUGCCCCAUGGGAUUCAAAUGUAGAUUUUUAUCAUCUCAUUUAAACAAGGAAGAAAACACCUUAAUAUCAACGAAGGAAAUUGAUCCAGAUGCGCAAACAAUAUGGUCCGUUAAAGGGGAGGUAAACCAUAUCUCACCGGAGAGAAAACUUGAUCUUAUAAAAAGAAGAUUCCCUUUCACCAAAAGUAACGAAGUAUUGGAGAUCAUCGACUCUUUUCAACAAGAAUGUAGGGAUUCUGUGAAGCCAGAGGAAGAAGUUGAGUUAACGCCGCAGCAAAAGAAACAAGAUCCAGAAGUCGAACAACCAGUUGCUCCCCAAGUCGAACAGAGGACCAAGGAAUUGUCAGAACAUAGAAUGAGACAGCGUGAAGUGUACUUGAAGUAUAAGGACACUCGCUAUUUUGCUCAAGAGAAAAAACUAUUGGAUUUGCACCAUAAAAAAAUUGUGUCGCCACUAACAACCGUAGGCAAUUUACCAUAUCGUCGUCUAAUGAGAAAAUUAGGUGCAGACGUAACAUAUUCGGAAAUGGCUUUGGCCGUUCCCUUGGUUCAAGGUACUAAUUCAGAGUGGGCGUUACCUAAAGCUCAUAAAUCAGAGUUUCCUGGAUUCGGUGUUCAAGUGGCCUGUUCUAAAGCCUGGCAAGCGGCAAAAGCUGCAGAAGCACUUGCAGAUUCGGUUAGUGAAAUCAGCGAAAUCAAUUUAAACUCUGGUUGCCCCAUCGAUUUAUUGUACAGACAAGGUUCUGGUAGUGCACUACUUGAUAACCCUGCAAGAAUGAUUCGUUGUUUAAACGCAAUGAAUUACGUAUCGAAAGAUAUUCCUAUCACGGUUAAGAUCAGAACAGGUACAAAGGAAGGUCAUCCUAUCGCGGAAGGGUUAGUGAAAAGACUGGUUAACGAAACUGAGGUGGCGGCAAUUACCUUACACGGUAGGUCUAGGCAACAAAGGUAUACUAAGUCUGCGGAUUGGGAAUACGUGAGUCAAGUAGCUGACACUUUGAGAUCCGCCGAAGCGGAUUUCAAAGAAACAGAACAAGGCAAGGAAUGUAGGGAUUCCAAGAACAGGAUUCAAUUUGUCGGGAAUGGUGAUGUCAACAAUUUCGAAGACUGGUACCGCUAUUUGAACGGGAAUGAAAAUAUCGAUAGUGUUAUGGUUGCUCGUGGAGCCCUGAUCAAGCCAUGGAUUUUUGAAGAGGUUGAUUCACAGCAGUAUCUAGACAAGACAAGUACAGAAAGAUUAGAAAUUUUGAAAGAUUAUGCACAGUUCUCUAUGGAACACUGGGGCACUGAUGAAUACGGUAUUUCUCAAUGCCGUAGAUUCUUUUGCGAGUUCAUGUCCUUUUUUCAUAGAUAUGUCCCUAUGGGUAUUUGUGAGAGAUACCCUGUGAAAUUGAAUGAGAGACCGCCAAAUUGGUGUGGGAGAGAUGAACUUGAAACUCUAAUGGGUAGCACGGAUGUUAAUGAUUGGAUCAAGUUAAGUGAUCUGUUCUUCGGUAAAACCGACGAGAACUUUGUAUUUGUUCCCAAACAUAAGAGCAGCUCUUUUGCAAACAGAGAUUCCUAA